AUGAAACCUGCAAAAAGUCUUCUUUUUUCAUCAUCCAAGCACAGUACUCAUCAUCAUGGUUUAAAAUCCGUCAUUGCUGGAGCUGCCAACAGAAUUCGUGAUGAUCCAUCACCAAUGAACCAUUGCAGCACUCAUACAGCCGCAUACGGAACUAUGAGUAAUAGAGUUGAUAACAGCUCCAUGAUGGCAACAGUGAUGCGGAGCUACAAUAGCAAUUACUAUCCAUCUACCACAACAAUGAAGGCUUGUUACCAUACCUCAUUGAAGAAAUUUACGGAAAAUACGUUAGGAAAUGACAUGAACGAUCCAACAACCAUCAACAAAUGGACACAACAACAAUUGCAAAAUUUAAUUAUUCAACUUUACAAAUGGAGAGGUUCAAAGUCUCAACCACUUGUGGCCUCCUCCUCUGAAGAAUCACUUAAAAACACUAUUGAUCAAAUGAUGAAUGAGACAAAAAGAAUUCUUUCUCAGUCCGAUUCUGCUGAAGAUUUAUUUCCUCAACUUGUGGCUCUACAAAUUGCAGCUCAAUACAUUAAGGAACAUGAAUUGCCACAAAAUUCAUCAGCACACAAUAGUUCUUCAACGAAAUUAGGUGAAGUUUCCAAGUUGAGUUUUUCAACAAGUAAACUUCAAGCUAUUGUAAAGAAGAAGACUGACUUAUCAACAAUAAGUGCUUCGGCAUCUAAUACUAGUGAAGAAUCUGGCCGAUUCUUGAAGGAAAAUAUUGUCAAGUAUCUCAAUGAAAUGAAUGGAGUGUUUAGUAUUUUGCAAUGUUGGUCUCUGAGUAAGAUUAUCCUCCAAAAAUUAUUGUACUUUCAAAAUGACAUGACAAGCAUGUCAAACACCAAACAAGUAAUUGAAGAAUUUUUGAAGAGUGGAAAGAAUGAAAACCUUGCAACACACUUUUUCGGAACCUAUUUUCAAUUGGCAUCCAUCUAUGAACGAGAAAUUCAAUUUAAAAACGCUGCAGGAACAUUAUUGGCUCUUCUUCCCAAGUUGGAGGAUUCUUUGAGUGCUUUGAAUGAACUCGUGGAUUCCACGAGUAACGAUUCUCUUGCAUCCAAAGAUUCCCUCUCUAAACACAUCUCCUCGCUUCAGCAAUAUAUUAGAGAUGUACACAAGCGCUUGUCUGCUCUCUUGGAAAAACUACAUGAUUACAUAAGCGCUGCCAAGCACUUGAGAGCAUUAUUGCCACAAGAUUCCAAAGGUGUCAUUCAACUUCCAACCAACAAUGAGAAGGGAGGAUUUGUAGAGUUGAAAACUCAACUCCUGAAAUUGGCUUAUUUAUACACAAUGGCCAAUGAAUGGAAAUCUGCAGAUGUGUGCUACGAAGAUGCGACUCUUCUCACCGCAAGACAACUCUCAAAUUUAACUACUAGUACGGACACAAUUACCAGUCAUCAAAUUGUUUUAGAUUCACUGAUUGUGUCCUAUGAAUGGACAAUCUUUUUAAGAAAAAUGUUGAUAAUGAUCCAACAACAAGAAGGAGCAAAAGAGACAUCGGAAGAAAGUGAAACUGCUGAAACAACAGAUAAGAAAUUAGACAUUCCAUCCAGACUUCAAACCAUCAAAAGACUCUUAGAUAUUGGUACCAAUAUUGGGAGAGGAUUGGGUCUGCUCUCAGAUGAACUUCCCAAUAUUGACAAUUUGCAAAACUCUUCGCAUCUCAUUCGCUUUUUGAAAGAAAAAGUGGAAGUGCAAACAUUUAACGAAUUGGCAAAACUGCAACUUGCAUUUAUUAAGAAUUUUCUGAUGGAGGACGCAAAUGGAAAUUGGGACGAUUUUUCAACUGUGUGGGAUAAUUUGCUCAUGGCCAUGAAUCAUGUGUUGACAAUGGAAACAAAAAUACUCAAUGAUGAAUAUUAUCAGAAGCUUGAAGGUCAACUCUCCCGUCAUUUUCACACAUUCAAAGAGGCAAUUAUCAAUGAAGGUUUGCAUUUGUUAGGAUAUUGCAUCACACGAAUGAGAAAUUCACCCAAUCAUAACCUUAACAUACAAGAACAAUUUGAACCCUUUUUUGAAAAUUUGCUCGUCAUUUUGUCAAGAAACGAAAAGUGUUUUGAAAAUCAAUUUAAAACAUGGACUCAGUUACGUUCAUUGAUGGGAAAUUAUGCCUUGUAUAGAAAGGACUUCAAUCCAAGUAUUGAAUUAUCUCGAUAUUUUGUUGAAAAACAAGUCAUUCUCGAUACAUUCACUGCCAAUCCUAAUGACGGAAAUUCUGGUCAUUCAUUACCAUUCCAUCUCUAUGACGUACUAGUUGAAGUAUUUGAAAAAGACGAAACGAGUUCAGAAAAUACCAAAAGAAACAGCGUCUACAAGAGAGCUUACCGUAUCCUCGCUCCUACCAAAGAACUAGCCAUUGAAAAAUCACUUCAAUUUGAAAAUUGGGUUAUUGAAGGAAAACAUGUCAUUGAAGAGGCUGAAAUUUAUCAAGUAGAUAUGGAUCGAUGUGUGGAACAUAAUGAAAAAGCAACUCUUCAAUUUUUAAAAGAUUUGUUGAGAGAAGAACCUGAUUCGAGUGAAUAUCUAUUUGCAGGAAUAGUCAAUGCCUCUGGUGUUUACAGACCUUAA